CGCAGUCGCAUGUAAGUUGCUGCUGCUGCUCUGGCGGCGGUGGCGUCUCAGCCCACUCGCUCCUUCGUCCAAGCAGGUGACUGCGAGCGGAGAAGCUGGCCUGUCCCGGGCAAGCGAUGAUGCAGGCUAUCGCGGUCAGGUGAGAAGGUCACAGCCUGAUUUUAGUGGCACGUCGAUGCCGAGCGGAGAGGAGUCAGCUGGCAGACGGCGUCACGCUCCGAAGACUUGCCUGCUUGUCUUCCCCUUCUUCGCCGCUUAGACUUUUGGGGUUCACGGUCUGCGCAGCGGAUCAGGUGCAUCGGACAGACCGGGAGGAGAGCGAGUGGCGAUGGAGGAGUCGACCUGUGAGCCUCUCCCGGACCUCAGGGACCUCGAGAGUAAAGUCGGCAGGAAGACGCCCGAAGGCUUGUUACGAUGGCUACGGGAGGACUCGGCUCCGCACUCCGGCGGCAGCACACUGGAGACCUGCGAGCGUCGCGACGCAGAUUCCUUGGUGGCGAAAAAGGGACUGGCGGAGAAGAUUCGAGAUCUCAGGCUUGAGAUGGCCUACCUGCGCUCCAUUGACGUGAAGAUCCUCCAGCAGCUGGUAGCAGUCAAUGAGGGCAUCGAGGCUGUCAAAUGGAUUCUGGAAGAGAAGGGGACCUUGACCAGCCGUUGCAGCAGCCUGACCAGCAGCCAGUACAGCCUGGUGGAGAGCCUGGAGACAUCCCGCAGAGGAAGCUGGAACAGCCUCCAGGACCCCAACGACAAGCUGGACAACAUCUCCAUCGGCAGCUAUCUGGACACGCUGGCCGACGAAAUGGACGAGUACUGUUCUUCAACCUCUGAACCAUUGACGUGUCCUCCUCCAGGUGGCCAGAAUGGCCCCUUGGGCCGAUGUGCACUGGAGCAGCAGCAGCAGCGGGACCGGGGCCGAUCGCCGGGUCAGGGUUCUCCAUCGCACAAAGUGGACUCUCAGCGGGACGAGCCGGUGUGGACCAAGCCUGUCAUGGAGCCUGGGAAAGCUGAGCAGAGCAAAGCCAUGAGAGAUCAGCAACGGAAGGGGCACCUGGACAAGCCGGUGACGGAUAACGGUACCACCUCGUCGGGGACCACGAAGUCAAGUCCGAAGCAGAAGCCCUACAAGAAUGGCAAGCUGCACCUGGAUGGUUACAAGUUGGGUGGCAAAAUCCAUUUGGAAUACGAUGCCCACUGGCGCUGGGUCCAGUCUCAGGACGACGUCACCUUCCUUUAGGGCCGACAGGGUUUGCCACAAGUCUUCAUCUGUGAGAAAAUGCCAGAUGUAGUUGGCACCCCAAAGACAUGGCACAUUCAGAGCGGGCACACCUGCUUCCCCCUCCAGCAUGCACAAUAUGGCUGGCUCACACUUCCUGGGCAGCACUGCUGCCAAUGCAAAUCUUGUACCUUGGGGUGUGUGUGGCAAAUUGGCACAGUGAUCACAUCACUCAUCCUCAUGAGCCUUGAGGUGAAUGGAUUCUGCGCCAAAGCAUGGACCUGAGCCCAGGCAACACCUGAUGAGGGCUUAACUAGUCUGGGGCAUCUGGCUGCCCAAUUUGAGCCUCAUGCCCUCACAGUGUUUCAACGCCUCUCGCUUCCUUCCUCUGGCAGCCAUUCUCAAUGCUAACGGUUACUUUGUGCUUGGCAGGUAGUGGGCAGUAAUAACAUUGCCCAGGGUAGCGGGCACUCCAGCUGGGGUGUUAUACCCCAUAAUACCCCUAAAGGCUCAUAAUGUAGUCCUGCUUCAGCUGAGGCUCUAGCUAUAGCUAGUGAAAAUACUGCCCCCUAGUGGCCACCCUUCUGAGCCCCCAUCAUAAAGCUCCUUUACUACAUUCGUACAUUCAGGGACUCGCAUUAGGUUUUAGGUGUAAGUUGUGUGCAGGGCGCUAUAUAAAAUGGCACCCACAUAUUUGGCUUGUCGAGUUGUGAAGAACAUACAGUAGGUUUGCCAGGCAUGUUGCUCUGCCCACACAAGUGACCCCGACGUUAAAUUUAUAAAUUGAGCCCUAGUGGCCAAAUGAUGAAGGGACUUCAUGUUAGGUCAUAGCCAGACACCAUGGCCAUGGCACUAUAUAAAGUGGCACCCCACAUGUUUUUGGCUCAUCAAGCUGUGAAGACCAGGUGUGAACAGAGCAAUAAGCCUGACCCCCCUAAGUGAACCCCACAUUGAUUUUGUAAGUUUACCUCUGCUGCCCCCUAAUGUUCUAAUGGUUCAAUGACUCACAUGAGGUUCUAGCCACUUAGCCUGGGCAAGGCGCUAUAUAGAAUGGCAUCCCACAUAAUAAGCUUAUUGAGUUGUGAAGAACAGGGGCUGCCAGGCAUAUCGCUCUGUCCACACAAGUGACCCCCACAUUCGUUUUAUAAGUUGACCCCUAGUGGCCAAAUGAUGAAGGGACUUCAUGUUAGGUCAUAGCCAGACACCAUGACCAUGGCACUAUAUAAAGUGGCACCCCACAAGCUGUGAAGACCAGGUGUGAACAGAGCAAUAAGCCUGACCCCCUAAGUGAACCCCACAUUGAUUUUGUAAGCUUACCUCUGCUGCCCCCUAGUGUUCUAAUGGUUCAGGGACUCACAUGAGGUUCUAGCCACUUAGCCUGGGCAAGGCGCUAUAUAGAAUGGCAUCCCACAUACUUAGCUUGUCGAGUUGUGAAGAACAUGGGUUGUCAGACAUGUAGCCGUGUCCACAUAAGUGACCCCCACAUUCUCUUUGUCCUCUAAUGCCCAAACCGAGCAGCACAUAGAGUGGCACCCGAGCCCUUGUGUUGGUGACUUUCUGUUUAGUAUGGAGGCUGUCAAUGUCAUUUGUCCCCACCAAAGUUAGGACACAGCAUUUACAUCUUUGGUUCCCUUAACCUUUAACAAUCCACACCAAGUUCACCUUAAAGACAAACAGCCACUUCAUAUUGGAGCCGAUGACAUCGAGUUCCUAGGUUGUUGGUGGUGGUUGACACCACACUCCUUGUGCCACCCGUCCCUUGAUGCUCCACAUACUUGGUUUUGGUCAGACGAUGAAAGGAGACACGUCAGAAUUCCUUCAUUCAUUUUCUCAUCGGGUGGCCAUGGGGAGGUGGAGCCAAUCAUAUCAGCGAUAAGGGGCUGUAGGGGCCGCCAAUCCACGCACACAUCUACACUCACAUCAAUUAAAAUGUAUUAAAACGGCAUUCUGCCAGUCACGCUAUGGGAAGGUGGAGGCUACCCCAAUAAGCAGCAGGGCAAAGGUAGGAGCCUAUCCUGGAGGGGGCGCUAGACCUUCACUGCUCACUACAGAAUUUAAAGGCCACUGCCAAAGUUACAUUUCUUAUGCAUGGCCCAUUUUGAUCCCAGAAGUGAAAGGUAGCAGCCUGUCCUGUAGGGGGUACCUAUCAAUUUGCCCCCCACAUACACAUCACUUGGGUCAUUUAAACAGAAGUCAAGCAUCGCUUCCCAUACAGAGUCAAAGGAGGGUGAAACCCACCCCAGUAAACAGCAGUGCAAGAUAGAAACCGAGUGGCCUGGAGGGGGCGCCAGACUUUCACCCCAUGCAUGGCCAUUUUCUGAUACCAGGGGGCGCCAGUUUGUCACAGCCCACCAUUCAUGUCUUAUAAAAGGUAUGCUGUCGGCAUUGUAGCCCCCACAGCUGCAGUAUAACAACGGACCCAACAGAGGGCGCUAGUCCAUCACCAGGCACAAAUCUAAACAGCCAAUCAAAUUUGUCAUCUAUUCGUUUGCCAGGCAGGGAGGGCUGUGUAGCGCUGCAGCAGCCAUUAGCAGAUGUAAGGAAUCAGCCCUGUAGGGGGCACUAGACCUCUGUUGACCCCUUUCACACCUUAAGCUGGUUAAUUAGAGACGCCUUGAAGUCAGCCUUUGACUUCUCGACUGGGAUCUGCAUAUUUAUUACAAUAAUCUGAUAAUAGCGCCUUUCACAGAAAUAUUAAAACAUUUUACACUUCACUUGUGGUUCUUGGUAUCUUAUAACUUGAUAUAGCGCCUUUCACUAACAUAAAACAUUCACACUUCCCGUAAGUGGUCUGAUUUUAUUUCAUGUAACGCCUUUCGUACACGUAAUAUUUACACUUUCCUUGUGCCACUUGAUAUCUUUUAAUUCUGAUAUAGCCCCUUCACUAACAUCAGACAUUAACCUAUUUGGUCUGAUUGAAUUUGAUGUAACGACUGUCACGAGCAUCCGAUAUUUUACACUUAUCUAAGUGUACAAUGUAAUACAAUACAAUGUAUUUUUGUAUAGCCCAAUAUCACACAAGAAGUGCCGCAAUGCACCAACAUUCACUUUUUCGCGUACUUGGUCUGUUUAGUAUUUGGUAUCUCAGUGUCUUUCCCUGAGUUCAAACUUGGGCGCUAUCACAAAAUAUUUACACCUUUUCUGUUGUACUCUUAAUUAAUAUAGCGCCUUUCCCAGGCGUCAUAUAUUUACAUCUCUCUUGUGGCACUUGGUAUCUUAACUUCAUAUAGCGCCUUUCACCAACCUCAGAUGGUCACACUUGCCCAGACUUUAUCUGACAUGCCCUCUUUCACUGACGCCGAACAGUUACACAUCUGUCAUACUGAGUGUUUUUUUUUAAUCCGAUAUAGCGCCUUUCACAUUUACUUUUUCGAUGAUACUCUUAUUUAAUAUAGCGCCUUUCAUCUGCGUCAAUAUAUGUACAUUUCUCUUGUGGCACUUGGUAUGUUAACUUCAUAUAGCGCCUUUCACUAACAUCUGGUGGUCACACUUGCCCAGAUUUUAUCUGACAUGCCGUAUUUCAGUGACCUCAAACAGUUACACGUCUGUCAUACUGAGUGUUUUUUUAAUCCGAUAUAGCGCCUUUCACUGUCAUCUUUUUCGAUGGUACUCUUAUUUAAUAUAGCACCUUUCAUCCGCGUCAUAUAUUUACAUCUCUCUUGUGGCACUUGGUAUCUUAACUUCAUAUAGCGCCUUUCACUAACAUCAGAUGGUCACACUUGCCCAGAUUUCAUUUGCUAUGCCCCCUUUCACUGACGUCAAACAGUUACACGUCUGUCAGACUAAGUGAUUUUUUAAAAUCCGAUAUAGCGCCUUUCACUGUCACCAAAUAUUUACACCUUUCCUGUAAUUUCUUUAAUAAUAAUUCUUUACAUUUAUACGAGGUGUGGCAGAAAAGUAACGAGACUGAUUUUU